CGCCGUGUUGUCCUCCCUUGUUUGCAGCUCAUCGGGCGUCAUCUGUCGUGUUGUUUCCGGUUUCCCUCCUCUUGCCCACCUCAGCCUCUCCCGCCCCUCCCUCCGUCCCUGCAAGUGGCAAGUUACAGUUGCAUUUCUGAGAAUGAAGUGCAUCUGGCUCGUUCUUGCGGCCAUCAACCUCAUCCAUCAGCUGUCCGCCCUCUCCGGCUGGCGCGCAUCUCCUCACUCAUCGCCGUCAGACAGCUAUGUCGCUGAUGAUGCCGCCGCCCUGCGCGUGCGUACCCGAGCGAGCCCUCGCAGCAGGUGGAGGCGGCUGUUCGGCCGGCGGAGAGCGGCUCUUGAAGGCGAGCCGAUGUCGCUGGACAGUUCUGCGUCGGUGGUUGAGUUGGUUGGCGACAGGGGGCGUGAGAGGGAGAGGGAGGGAUGGGUGGAUCUGUACAGGAGGGUGGCGCCAAGCGUCGUGCUCAUCGACACCUUCAAGGAAAAUGUCGACAGAUUCACCAUGACCAAGGAAGACAAAGAGCUCGGUGAACAUGAUGGGAUGAAUGGGAUGGCCUCAGACACACCAUCUCUGUGUGUGUCGUCAGGUCAUGGCUCGGGUUUUGUUUGGGACGAGCAGGGCCACAUCGUGACCAACUACCACGUGGUGCAGCACGCCAAAAACGCGCAGCUGACCUUCACAGACACGGCAGGGCGGCAGGUGACCUACCCCGCCAGCGUCAUGGGCCGCGACCCUGACACCGACGUGGCCGUGCUCGAGGUGGAGUGGGGCAGACCGAAUGGAACCAAAGCGGCCGAUGAAGAGGUACACAGAGAGAGAAUACGAUGGCAUUGGACACUUUGCUCAUUCGUUUUGGUCUCCCUUGUUGCAGUCAGAGAGCGACGGUCAUCCUCCUCCUGAUUGGCUGCGGAAGGUCGAUCUCGGCGCUCUCGACUCAGUGGCGAUUGGGCAGACGGUUGCGGCCAUCGGGACGCCGUUCGAGUCGACCUUCCAGCAGACACUCACCAUGGGUGUGGUCAGCGGGCUGGGGAGGGAGAUGAGGGCGCCGUCGGGGAGGUUGAUCAACAACGUCAUACAAGUAAGGUCUCCUCUUUGAGCUUACGGGUCUCCUUGGCUUCGGCUUCCUUCGCUGCAGACCGACGCGGCGAUCAAUCCAGGCAAUAGUGGCGGCCCACUCUUUGACCUGCAAGGCCGUGUCAUUGGGUGAGAAACGCAUAAGCCACAAACGCACUGACGGUCGGCUGGCAUUUUGGCACUUUGUUGCGUGUGCAUUGUUCCAGCAUGAACACGGCUCUGCGGGGCGCGGCCAUCCAGACAGCACCUCAUCGCACGCCGAUCAAGAUCCUUCAGUCGAGCGGCAUCGGGCUGGCCGUGCCCACAGACACUCUCAGAGAAGUGGUGCCACAGCUCAUCAAGGAAGGUCAGUGCCGUGAAUGGACUCAUGGGAAUACCAGACAGACGCGACGCCUUCUCUCUCUCUCUCUCUCUCUCUCUCCAGGCAAGGUGGUGCGAGCGCGCCUGGGCGUGAUGUUCUUCUACCCUGAUCGUGCAAAGGAGUACGGCAUCUCCAAGGGCCUCCUGGUGCACUACGUGCCACCGGACUCGCCCGCACAACACGCCGGCCUGCAAGGUCAGAAGAGCCACACCCACACGCGCAGACGAGCGUCCACCAUGUUCUUGUGAAUGUCCGAAUGUGGUUUCAUGCAGGCACGGUUCGCGCGGAGCGUCAGCUUGGCGAUGUGUUGGUGGCGAUUGAUGACCACCAGAUCGACACAGAGACGGACCUGGCACGUGUCCUUCACGAAUGCCAACCGGGGCAGACACUCAAAAUCAAGGUGAGCCGACCGGCCGAGCCACUACCACAGGAGUCGGCUUUGAUGUGUGCGUGUGUGUGUGUGUGUGUUCAGGUCAACCGCCCAGACCCUUCUCGGCAAGACGCUCUGAUGUCCCUGCCACCCCCCUCAGCCCACUCCCCCCUCCCCGGCGACUUCGACACCUACUUCCAGAGUCUCACCCUGUACCUCACCCUCAGGAACUCCGAGGACGACCCUUACCAAGAUGACGACAGGGGCGAGCCCACCAGGCCGCGCGACAGGGAUGAGAGCGACCAGGAGGGGAAGGCCCGCAGGCGGCCGAGAAGGCGGGUUGCAAUUGCUUGAUUGGAUGGGUGGGGUGGGGUGGGUUAGGGAAGGGAGCGAUGCAGAGCCUCACAGGGUGAUUGUUUAUUGUCUUGUACAGUAGGCAGUGAGUGACACACACGGGUUGGUUGAUGGGGCAGGGUAUAUAUAUAGCUCUGUCCGUCUUUUUGGAGCAGAAGUGACUGACUGGCUGCGAAUGCACAAGUGUUCGGGCGUGGAUAAGAAGAGAGAGAGAGAGAGAGAGAGAGAGAAAGGGAGUCAGCCUGUCUAUGGGUCGGUGUGCACACAUGCAUCUGCCGAUGGGAGAGGGAGAGACGUCCGUGUGCAAACCUCACAAGUGAGUGACAUUCAGCUUCAUCCACAUAUUCUUGAC